AUGUCCAAUUCAUCUGCAAAUCAACAAAAUCCACUCAUAAAUUUCCGUCAAACUCCAAACUUUUGCACAUUAAUACUUUCCAUAGCAAACAUAAAUCGGGAUUCGCUCCAUAUUGAUUUUGAGGAUGAAAAGACCACCAUAAAAAUAACCGACCUAAACUUCACAUCCACAAUUUCACACCCACCAACUGUCCCACGAUCAAAUCGGUACUCGAUUUCUGCGGGAAAUCUCGUGAUCUUGCUGAAAAAACACUACGAGAACGAAAGUUACGAAUGGCAAAGUAUAUUGAUUGAUAACCACGAAAAGUGGUUUUUGACCAAAGACAAUGUAAAAAGGUGUGCUGAGUUGGCUGAGUCUGACUCGAGAUGGAACCAUGCUGCGAUCGCUCCAAAAAUCACUUCAAUGCGUGCUUUUCACGACCGUGAUGGAAUUCUUGUUCAGAUUGAGACAACAAUACCAGCAGAAUCCACUACAAAUACAUAA